CAAAGGGAAAAAUAUUCCACGUUCGCUAGACGCGGAAGCCUACAGCUUUCACUAUUAUCUCGUCUUCGAGAUUGGCUAUACCUCUAAGACAUAUCUUGGGAAUCGCGAUUCACAUGACACAAAAACGCGAUUGAUGCCAAUCUAUCAGUCAAACUAUAUACGAGUCCAAUUUGACGCGACGGCCUCAUACUGGAGCCUCGGCGUUUCCCCUCUACCCUCUUCACCUAACCCAUACCUUCCUUGACCAUGUCACAGGUCACCAGCUCAAGUGUCUCGACGGGGCCGGGUCACCCUCCACAACCUCAAAGUCAACCCGGUAGCCAGACCCUACCGACGACCAGUUAUUCCGGCAACAAUUCGCAAGAUACUACCGCCUCUAACACCACCGAUCGCAUCUUCACCCCACCCGAAAGCGACAGCGAAGGUAGCAAUGGGGUUCAAAAUGGCCAUGCAUCAAGUCAAGAAUCCCAAUCUCAGCUUCAGCUUUUACAGCUAUCACAGCUUGCUGCAGCACAGCAAAAGAUCAACGAAAUAGAUGGGACGCCAAUAAAUGGUCAAUCCAAGAAGAGGAUGGCUGACGGCGUGGUUAAGCACACCAGAAACAGCUCAAGUGUAUCACCAGUCCGCGUCGGUCAUUCUAGAAAUACAAGUACUGUGAGCGUGGCAUCUACUGCUGGUAGUCGCAUUGGAGAGCUAUCUGCUGAGCUCAGAACAAAGCUGUCUUACGCCAUGGUCAAGGUUAACAAUGGCUGGCAAGGACAUUCUAUUGACGAGGUCGAGUCGCUCGCGUCGCAAGCUGCUUCUCCCACCUCUAGCACUUCGACGUUACAUGGCAGACACGGCGCGUCUGCGAGCCCGCGGAUUCCUAUUGCUCCUACACGACAUAGAGCUUCAAGCAAUGUUACUAGUCCUACAUUCCACCACCCUUCUCAAGGCCGCACUUACGAAUCAUUCUGGAGAGAGGGCAACAUGAAAGGGUCCACCGCGACAUCGCCCAUCUCCCAAGUGCCAACAUUAGCCCCGCCUGCCCCUAUACAACCGCGUCAGCCUGGCCAGGUUCACCCCAGACGUAGCUCCAACGCAAGAUUUGCACCGGCCUACCUAUCGCAUCAUGCUUCCCCUCACACUCCAGCUCAGCCGAGUCCAUUACAAAGCACACCGGGCCAGGCGAAUAUCAGAACGCCUAACGUAGACCCCAUACUCUUUUCUCCACACCAAAACGUACGAGAGCAAGAAGCGUUGGAGACGUUGAUGUUUAUGAGCAGCCCUGGAAACUCUGCUAAUGUCAAGCACACGUUUCCUUCGUCUCUCCCUCCGUCGCAGUCGUCGCAGCCAGCGCAAGGUCGGAGUAGCGGACGAACAGCCCUUCCGACUUCACGAUUAGGUUCUGGAGUUGAGAGUAGCAGUCAAGGACGGAAGAGCUUGCCGACAGCGCGACCGCAAACGCAAACGCAAACGCAAACGCACCACGCGCCUCAGGUUAAACGUGUGGGGUUCGAGAAAUCUCCAGGGAAUUAUGGUGGGAUGGAUAUUGACGACCCGCACGGAUCUCCGUAUAACAGGGGUACGCCACGUCGCCGAACGAACGGAUCAGCUCCGAGGCCAUCUCUUUCUAUCCCCGCAGGCCUAGGCGGAUCGUCUCGGCCAAGAACUGCGCUACGUGGCGACGACAUAGAACGGAUGCUCGACCGUGUGGCGGCAGAUGAUAGCUCGGAUUCGGAGGGAGAGAUCCAUCUCCCCCCAAGCCGAAGAGCAAACGGCCCUCCCGUUGGUGUCUGAUGUAAAAAUUCCCUUGGCAUCAUUACCGCCGUACAUGGUGACAAGAGUUCGACCUUUUUCUAUCAGUUGUCUCGCGUAUAUAUCAUUUCCCGGAACCUACCGUCUUAGG